CCGCAGUCAACACCGCAAAACCCUCAACGUACCAUCAUCGUCGUCAGCCACGAGGAUCGCGCGAACGGCAGCAGCGGACGGCUCCGGGGCACGAGUCUGGCGAGCUCACGCCGGGACCAUUUGUCGGGGAGCGAGCGAGCGAACAGUUUGUUGCUGACGUUUGCCACGGGAAAGUGUGCGCGCCCGCCUGUGCUCGCUGCUCGUACACGGGAAAGCCCGUACCCGUGUCCGUGAAUCCUCGACCGUUUCCAGUCCGUUCCUUGGACCCAGCUGCUGGUGGGACCCAGUGCAGUACGACCCGGUGGUCCGGUGUGCCGUGUCCCUGUGCAGAGGAUAUGGCAGAAGAAGGAGUGGUGAAGUGAUGCUCUCUCUUUCUUUUGCAGACUUCUUUCGAAGUUUGUAUAUGCAUUCGGAGUUGUGCAAGUGUAUAAACAUGUUUAUUUUGUGAAAGAAUAUGGAAAUUACGUAAAAAAGCGCUCUAAAAGCUGUGAUGUCUCACAAUUAAAAUCUCAUUAAAUAAGCAAAUAUAUGGCCGUGUACAGGUGUGUUUGUGUAUGUGUGUGUGUGCAAAUAUUUGAGCCUUUGCGGCACGUGAAACCCAUUUUAAACAAUCGUUAAUGGGUUCGUUGAGAGCUAUUUUAACAGUUUCGUUCCGUGCGCCGCCAGCUAGAAAAUAAAGAUAAGUGGCAAACUGUGUGGCAAAGUCCUUCGGCAACCCAAAAAGCCCGAAAGGAAGUGUGAAAUUAUUUACCGAACAUCGAAAAGUAAUUACUCACACCUGCGGCACAACUGGUUUGUGGGGCGUAUUGUCACAGCGCCACCUGAAGCGACUCGGCUAGUAAAACGGGGAGACAGGUGCGUUCAAAGCUUUUUUUUCUGUGAGAAGGUUUCAGUGUGAGGCAACCGUCCCGAACGGUUUGAGCGUUUGUGAAUGUUCUGCAUCAAGUGUUGGAGAGAGAGAGAGCAUUGGAAUUGGAGUGAUUAGUAAAAUGCAUUAAAUAUCUUCUGAUGCAAGCCUGACAGCACAAUGAAUAUACAUAAGUGAAGAAGCUAAAAGUUUAAUUUAUGUGUAAAUUAAGCAAAAUGGUACAGUUAUAGAUACAACUUCAAAAAUCCAAUGGCAAGUGUCCCAAAAAUAAUAUAGAAAAAAUCAAUCACAAAACGCAAGUUAAUCAGUUUCCAGUGCCGUUCAUUAUUUCCGUUCGUUGCUCUGUUGCCAUUGUAUGGCCAAUAAAACGCACCCUCCAACUCUCUGAACGGCCCACAAAAAAAAAACUCCAACCCGACGGCGAUGAUUAGUAGCGAGAACCAAUCGAUCUUCGUUAAAACGAUCCCGAAAGGCUGUGCUAAAGUGACGAGUUCUCGAGUACUGCUCCAAAAACACUCCCCCACGCUGCUUUCCACACAGCCGUACUCGCGCCAGAUCUGUGGCUGAAAUUUUAGAGGGAAAAUUCGAUCUCAACUUCUGCCACAAGAGCGGCUCACCAGCUGCUGUUUCGGUCGGUUAAUUUGAUGGGAAAAUCGUCUCACGUUCAAUCGGUUACUUCGGAAGGCCCGGAAUCGGCAGAAACGCACGCCAAGGGCAGCGGAGUAGUAAACGAAACGGAAGCGAUCCAGCAAACGCAGCUGUACGGAAUCACAUCGAAUAUCGGCGGAGUCUAGGGCAAGCAACAAGCGAACGUAUGUGGCGUGGGCAAAACCAAGACCAGCGGUGCGAAAAUGGUGGCGAAGUGUUGUGGCGUUAAAAGUUUGAAAUUAAAUUACGAAAAAGAAAACUCCCGCUUACGAAAAAGGAAUACGGAACCGUGCCCGCAGUGAUCCGUCGGAAUUAAGUGAAUGAUUUGAUGCGAGUGCGACGAAAAGAGAAAGAGAGAGUGAGUGAGAGAGAGAAAGUUUGUUGUGUGUACAGUUCGCUGGCUGGUGAAGGUGGAAAGAAGUGUACAUUUGUGUCCAUGGUGAAAGUUUUGGGUGUUAGAGAAUUGUACGGUGAAAUUGAUACCAAGUUGGAAUGCUGUUUGCCUUUUUCGUUGCUCACUUGCGCUAAAACUUAAUUUCAAUCCAAGCGCACGCGAUUGCCAAACUGUGAAAAAGGGCUACAGUUUCGAUCAAGCGGCUUUAGUGGCGAGCUUACCACUGGAAUUUGGUGCGCGGAAUCUGAGUGGCGGAGAAAGGAAGCUGUGCAGCUUUGGAAUUUUGGGUGAGGUUCGAGUCGGUAAUCUCGGUUCAAUUCGAUUCUCUUUAAGUGACACCACGAACCACUCGGGGCUGCAGUUAAAUGCACGAACGGCUUCAGGUGCCAGCUGGUUCCGGCUUCUCGUUGUUGCUGACGUGGCAAAACUUAUAGAAAACGUUUGGGGAUGAAAACAUUGAUCGGAACCGAACACCGACAGCAACAGGAUGCAGCAACAGGAAAAGCGACGCGAGCUGCGUUUGAAACGAUUCUGGCGCACCACCACCAAACCGCCGACGUCCUCCGAGGAGUCCGGCGGCUGCGAAAGUCCUACAAAACUCGGACGAAAGGCGUUCCAGCAACCGUCCGGUCCGGCCAUUGCCGCCAGCAGCAGCAGCAGCGAUAGUCCGCCGAAGCAUCCGACCUGUUCGCUGCCGCUGCUACAGGUGUGGCCCAGCCAGGACUCGCCCCGGGGUGAAGCAGAUGGGCAGAGCUUCGUCUUUCCCAUCGUAGCGGACGAUCAGCAACAGAGCUCCAAUGGCAGGCGGAACUCACUGUUCGUGGAUCAGCUGCAGGCGGGUGACUCCGGUAUCGAUUCCGUGCAGGCGUCACCCUCACCGAUCGCCAUGCCCUGCCAUCCGCUCGUCGUGUCCAAUGCCAUCUCGCCCAGCGCAUCGCCGACGGCCGGUUCGCCCACACCCUCGGUGGACCGGGCGACGCGGCGCCCCUCGACGUCGCUGCUGCACCCGGACCAUGCGCGCAUCUUCGCGCUCCGUGCGCCCGCCUCUCCCGACCAAGUGAGCCUGGCCAGCCUGCCGUUGUUUGACAAUCAUAGGACCUCUUCCACUCCUCCCCAUCCAUUGCAGACUUCGCUCGAGGACAGUACGGAGUUUAACGGGCCCACGACCAGCAAUCAUCUCUGCACCGCCAGCUCCAGCACGACCUCCUCGCUUACCUCGGUAGCCGUUGCGACCCUUGGCCAACACCCGCAGCGGUCCUCCGAUCCGUGGUUACGGCCGGAGCGUGACAAAGACAACCUCGAGCUCGAUCAACGCCGUGCCUCCACGAUGACGGCCCGGCUGUCCCUGUUCGAUGCGCUCGAUCUCGAGUACGCACUGUUGCGGGCGGCGGCCCGCGGUUCGGUCGGACCCUACUCGCUCAGCGAGUCACUGCACAAGCUGACCUUCACGCAGUCGCUCGCUUUCCCGGCGCUGGCUCGCGGACUGGCCACCAAGCGGCGCAACUCCACCGAGCAAAGCUCGUCCCGGCCGCUCAACCCGAACGAGUCGGGCCUGAACACGUUCGCCAAGGUCGUGACCGCCUGCGUGCUGGUGAUGGUGAGCUUUCUCGUGUUUCUGGUAGUGUACAAGUACGUGCGGACGUGAGGGUUGCUCCUGGCCCCGACAGAGGUCGCCACCGUGCAGGCGACCACUACCAUCGCCACGACGUUCCACCAGCACGUCGCGAACAAAACGAUGGUGUCGGGGUUCAGGAAGCUCUUCAACAUUGAAACGUAACGCCAGCCGGUAGUGAUCGGUGGUGCAAUGCGCCCGUUUGAGUGUAUGUGUGUGUGUCUGUAUGCGGUUGUGCGAGAGCAAGAGCGUGUAGUUUGUUCCACUUGUGUGCUGUGCAAUUUCGUCUUAUGUCAGCGGAAUUUCGCGACGCUCGUCCUCAAUGUCCACAAAUCUCUAUCGAGCUCGCUCAUGCGACCUAGUGAUAAUACAAUCACGGGAAAGCAAAUGCAUUCAAAAUGCACCAAAAAACAAAUCCCACAAUCUCUAUGAAAAAAUGGUUCAACCUUAAGCCCCGCUGUGUGAGCGUGUGUGUGAUGAGGGCUCAUGAUGAAAAACAAGAAUGCUAAAAGAUAAUCGGUUUCUGUAGUGCAACGGUACAAGCGUGUAGAGCAACGUUUGGCAACGUUUCGUUUCGCGUGUCUCGUUCGGUAGGAAAUGGUGUGUACGAUUCGAACAACAAUCAAUUUACAAUUACAGUAACCAACAUUUCGGAAUCGUAAGAACCUUCGCUGCGUCUAGAAGCAUAUCAUUCAUUGAUGGGUGUGAAAAGUAGCUAAAAGAGGCAUCAUUUCAAUUCUCAAACAAAUUUAAUGACAAUUUUUUCCUAUAUCUUUCGAUUUUACGAUUGAAGACAAUAAUCCAAUAAUUUGCGACAGCUGUAAAGCUUUUAGUCGUUUUGUGGUUGCUGUUGCUAUUUCAUUUUUUUUCUUCAUUGCAUUCGCAUUGAAUAAAAUUAAUAUUUAACUGGGAUAAGAAUUCAUUAGACUCAUUAGAAUUGGUUGGUAAGUGAACGUAUUAAGAGGCUUUUUUGUUCAAAUGCUACAAUGAAACUAAUGUGUAAUGCAAAUAGCCUAUUUGUAGGCGUUGCAGUUUGUCGCCUCAAUGUAUGCAAUCGGUAUACGUCUAGUUUUAUUGUUUUUAUUGUUUUAAAGCAAAAUAUUAACAUUUUUGAAUUAAAUUGUAUGGAUUUAAACUAAAUUUAAUAUUGAUAAUAAUAAUUUAUUAAUUCAAAAGUUUAGCAUUAAAAUGGUUUUUAGUUGACUGUUUACCUCUUUUUGCAUUAUAAAUUAUCUAACAUUUUAGUAAAAUCCUAAAAUAAAUUUAGAUAAUUUGCUGAUUUUAGAGGUUAUUUAAAAUAAUAAUCAUGCGUCUAGAUUCGUUCCAUCGUUCGCAUCUCUAAACGUCAGCCAUCCCUCUCUUACCCUUAGACGCAACUAAGCCGGAGAAGAAUAUGAAGCUACGCUCGUGUGAUGAUGCACUUUCCGCAUGUAAAUAGCAAUGUAGGAGAAGGAAGAGAAUUUACCGUAAAGAUAAAACAAGAUACAACAAGUAGGCUAUAUACAUAUAGAUAUAUAUACAUAUUCUAAGCGGGGCUGUGCGUGCGUGUACAUACGCUCCGCGCGUGAGACGCCAACACGCCAGCGACACGCGAAAGCAACUCUACUCUGUGAUCAAUACGCGCUAAACAUGAGAGGACAAGAAUAAAAUUGGAAUGAAAACCACACAACAUGUAAACAAACACUCACACACAGACAGACAGACAAAGACACACACACACCCUCCAUGAUGAUGGUCCAUGGAACCAAUCCAAUCCCUCGAGUGUAGCGAGUGGGAAUCGUUUCCGAACUAACUUAACAAUGUAAGAACCCUACGAACCAAACUGAACCUUAACGAAUUACCUAGUCCAGUAAUCAAGCCGACACUCGUCAGCAGUACCAUUAAUAUUUUACUCAUUUUCUUAGCCAUUUUUUCAUCCGCUUACUUUUCAUACUCGCUGCAGUUGCUUGGUAAACAAGAAGAUUAAACUCCUAACCAAAUAAAAACCAACUGCAUAAUAAGAUAGGACAUAGGACAAAAACCUCCUAAUGAAUUAUAUUUAUCACUCACAUGUAUUUGAUUGAGCAACAGCAGGUUAUAUUCCAAUCCAGCAUGCAUCCCAAAUCAAGCGAAAAGAUGUUCGAGGCGAAAAUAAGUCACCUUGACCCCUAUCCCUAUGGUAAAGGUGUGCUGUACAUUUAAUUCGCUGGCACCAAACCUAACCAGACGGCCCCAUACCUGUGUGUGUGCACGUUUGAGUUUUUCAUCCUCUUCAAUCCCAUUCAAAUAGCAUUGGACAUUUUUUACCGGUAACAGUUUUAACCCCAACACACUACAAUCAGGCGUGAGUGUGUUGAGUGCAGCCGAGAAGAAAUGCAAAAAAAAUCAUUACAAUCAUACCGAAACGCAGAAAUAAGAAACAGGAAAAUUGAAAAAUCUGCUACACAGUUGAUCAGCUUUAAAGAUGUAAGACAAAAAAGGAAAAAUAAACGAAUGCAGAGGAGAUAAUAAACAACAAAUCGAAUGUAAAAUAAGAAGACAGUGUGACAAAAAGCCUACAAAAAUGCAACCAAUACAUACGUGCGUACGUGACAAGGGAAGGGGAAAGCGUGUGACGAAAAGUGGGUGAAAAUUAGAAUUCAAGUUGGGUUGUGCUUAGGCUCUACGGUAUAUAUCCGGGUGGGGGAGGUAGAACAUGGAACAAGUUUAAAGAGCGAUAUGAAAAUAAAAGUCAAUAAAAAAUCAA